AGUAAAUUCGAAAUUAGCAACAACAACAACAACAGCUACAAAAUGGUUAAUGCGGUGAUGGAUGCCAUAGCGCUGCUCAGCUCGCUGGCCAGCGAUCUUGAUACCAUGCUCAACGAUCUGCGGUCAGCGCCAAGUCAUGCAACGACAGCAACACCAACAGCAACAACAACAACGACAAUGGCAACAGCGGCAACAACAGCAACAACAUCGGCAAUGCCAACGAUAAACCAUCAUAAUCAGCAACGACAUCAACAUCAACAUCAACAUCAACAACAACACCUACAACAGAUGCAAUCAAGGCAACUGCAAUCACAUCAUUGGCAAAACCUUCAUAACCAUAAUAACAAUAACAACAACAACAACAACAUCAUCAACAAUAAAAAUAAUAAUCUAUUGCCACGCCCCCAAUACCUUUACAAUGAGAACAACAAAGUGAAAGCUGCUGCAGCACAAAUUCAAAAUCAAACUCAAAUGCAGCAGCAGCAGCAGCAACCGCGUCGACGUUUGCCACCAAAACCUUUGCCACGUCCACCUAGACGCAAUCGUCAUGGACUUCAUCAUAAUCAACAACCAGCAAGAUCCAGCAGCAUUCAGAAUGAGGAUGACAAUGAUACGGAUGCCAGUGAACUGGCCAAUAUGACAUCACCAUUGAGCGCCAGUGCAACGGCCACAAGGAUCAUGGGUCUCUCGCCGGAUGUGAAGAAGGUGCAAAGGCUGCCCCUUUGGUGUCGCCACAAUGCUCCAUCUACUGCUCCUGCUAAUCGUCUUCCAGUCAUUGGACAAAGUCUACACUAUCAAGGCAUGUCGGAACACACAAGAGGAGGAACUGCCACCGCUACAAUGACAGCACCAACAACAAACAUAUUGGGCCACGAUGAUGAUGAUGCAUCAAAAGUAGAGGUUAUUGUCUAUACUAAAUCGGAUAAGACACUCAAACAGAACAUGAAUGCCAAGGAUGAGACAUUAAGGAAACGCACCUCACUGAUCAUAGUGCCACAGAUGGAAACAACAACAACAACAACAGCAGGUUCACCAUCAAUUGUUGUCUCUGCCACAUCGGUCACAUCUAUGGAUAGUUCAACAAAUGAGAAUGGCAAUCGCAAUAGCAUAGCCAGCAUGGAUAGCUGUGUAUCCCAUACAACUAGCCAAAGUAAUCAAUCAUCGACAGGCUCAUCGAAUUCCAGUUCAAGCUCAUCUUCCGAUCAUCAUGACGACGAUGCCGUCUAUCAGGAUUUACAAAAUGGCAAUGCGGAGAGUGAACGGGAUGAUGAUGCACCGAACCAGCAAUUACUUUUACAUUCACCAGCAGCCAGUUGCACCUCCUCCUUAGAGUCCCCAUCAUCAUCAUGCGCAUCAUCGUCGUCGUCGUCGUCUUCCUGUGCCAGCUCUGUGGACUAUUCACUGCGCGAGCAAUUGAAAAAUUUCGCCAAUCUUAAUCAGAAUAAUGAUGAAUUAAAAACCGGUGCCGGUAAUGAUUUGCCUAACGCAGCACAGCUGCUUAAGGACAUAACCACAGGGCCAAUGAUAGCUAGCGAUACACUGCUAAGUCCACAGGAAGUGCCAUUGGGCAGACGAUAUGCUGAGGUGUCACAAUUCAAGGGACAUCACGGCAAGGCCAGAGCAAGUGAAUCGUCGUCGCUGCCAACGGCUCCAUUGGUUGCUACACCGAAUACUGUGGAAACUUCUACAACAUUGCCUGUAGCAGUUAGUUGUCACAACAACAACAACAACAACAACAACAACAACAUCAAUAACAAUGGGCAACAAUCAGAAAAAUGCCCACAACAACAACAACAACAACAUUCAACGAACCUCAACAAGGCCAAUCAGAAAUUAAAUGGCCCAUCAAAUAUCAAUAAUAAUAAUAUCAACUCAAUGACUCCGGCAAAUCUUAACGAGACGACCAAAAAGAAUGCCGAGAGCCUAGAGACCGAUGCAGAUGCAGAGGACAAUGUGGAUUCGGCACAUGAUGCGGACGGAGCUUUUGAGGAUGAUAUGCAAGCCCUUUUGCCCCAAUGUGCAAGACGUUCGAGAGAUGAGCUCAGUCAGUCACGCACAUCUCUCGCAUCGGAGGGCGGCAUCUUGGCCGAAGGCGAAACAUCCAGCGAGGAGAGCAGCCGCGAUUCCAGCGACAAUUCACCGCCUUGUGAUCUGGGAUUGGUCGAGCGUUUGCUAUUGACCCAUCCCAUGUGGUUUCUGCCGGGUAUACAACGUUCCGGUGCCGUACAUUUGCUUCAGGGUAAAGAGGAAGGGACCUUCAUAGUGCGGGGCUCAAGUCAACCAAAUACAAUGGCCGUAUCGGUUAGAUUGCCCCAGGACACGGGUCCCUAUAUAGAACAUUAUCUCAUUCAAUCGCAGGACAAUGUCUUGAGUUUGGAGAGUUCACGUUUCAAAUUUGGUUCGAUUCCGGCUCUAAUUGCCCACUAUGCUCAAUGCUGCGACGAAUUGCCAGUGCAAUUGAUGUUGCCGCGGGUUCUGCGUGAGGCAAACAAUCGCAAGAAGCUCUCCUCGCUGGCUCUAUUGGGUCAGGAGUUUUGGAGCUAUGCCAGUAGCCCGGCUGUGUUGGGUGGUGGUCCGCCUCUAAUAGGGGGAGGAGCAGCAACUACAAAGGGUGGGGCAACUCAAAUUGAUCAACAGCUACUGCUGGAUGCCAAAUCCCCAUUAUCGCUAACAGAGACAAGUGGCUUGGGCACAGCGACCUUUUUCAGUGAGCAUCCCCAGCAGAAGGAACAGAAACAACAACAACCGCAGCAGCAGCAACAACAAUCUGCUGGAGGUAUUGCAAAUUAUUAUCCAACACCCAGUCCAAGUAUUUUUAGUCCCACUGGAAGUGGUCAACUGAUGGGUUUCUUCAGUCAAGCGGGCACUCCAUCGGAUACUACAUCGAGCAUGAGUUCAUUCUCAACCAGUGGAGUCGGCGGUGCCAUCAAUAGUGCUGGACAGCAUUUGCAAUUGCUUAGCCCCAAUUCGGUGGAUUCGGUUAUAUUGACCAUGUCGUCGCCGACUAUGGAAACUCUGCCCUCAUCGAAUAGCAAUCUAAUGGAAGCCCAACCAUUAGCCAAUCCCAAUCCCAAUCUGAGCACUUUCAAGACCAAUGGUGCCAAUGGUGGUGAGGCUGGCCCUGAGCAGAUCUUGCAGCGCUCUCAGCGUCCAAAGCCGCCGAAUACAUUGAACUUGAAGCCACCGGCACCACCGUUGCGUUGGUCGAAGCCACAUUCACCAGAUCAAAUGUCUAGCAAUUUCACGGUGACCACCACCGUGACCUUUUCCAUGGAGAACAAUGGUGGUCAGGCGAAUGCAACUCCCAAUGCAAAUCCGCCACAAUUUGUGGAGGUGACAACGCCAGCCUCGAGUAAUCCCUUCAAUGCCCUGCUCAAUGGGCAAUCGAGCACGUUCCAGACAUUUGCCAAGCGUCUGUCACCGGAGGGGGAAUGCAAGGAUACCAUCUCAUCGCAGGGCUCCUCCUCGACGGACAGUCGCUGGCAAUCGAGUCAACGUAAAAUCCUAUCACCCCUCACCCCAUCUGGCAGCACCAGCAAUACCAACAGCAAAUCGCGCAAGUCACGUGCCCGCAAGGAGUCGCAACACUAUCAGGAAUCUGAUAUACUGGAGAGUCCUCAACUGCAAUACUGUGCCAGCGCCUUGAGCGACAAGAUCAGUGACUACGAGGAUGUGUGGUCACAUGAUCCCAGCGACAGGGCCACACUGUUGACCAGUUUCAAGCCCUCGCUGGAGACAGUUGGCGGCGUGAUGAAUCGUCGUCCCGAUUUGUUGGCCGAGACACCUGGCACUCUGACUCCGAGCGAGGAGCAGCAAAUGGAUGGUCAACAGCAGCUAAUGCAAUUCUCUGCCGAUGCCCAGCCACGAUCCCGGGCUGGCCUACUCUUGCCAAUCUCCCAUCAUAGUAAUCCACAACCGACUGAGUCGUCGCAGGACGAUGGAGGCGACACAACACCCACCGCUGCCCAGACGCCGGGUUCGCGCAGCAAACAGGGCAGUCCGUUCUAUGCCGAACCGGCGGAUGCACUGCGUCAGGCUGGCCUGACCAAUGCCGCUGCGGCCAUAUUGAGGCGACAGCAGCGCAAUCAAUUGCUACCCGCCACCCAAAGGCAUUCGGAGCCCCUGAAGGGUGGUCUGGCGGCAGCGGCCAGCGGCUCACCCUUGCUCCUGCCCGCGGAGCUGGAGAAGUUGGCUGCUGGCAGUCUGGAUGAGUUGAAACAGAAACCGAAUCAAAAGCCCCAGGCCAACAAGAGGCCACGCAAUCGUUUCGAGAACUGGCAAUUGGAUAGCAGUUGGGAGUUCAUGGCCAAGCAGCAACAGGAGACGACGAGUCGCCCCUUUGACUAUGAGACGACCAAGAUUGCCAACGAUUGGCAGCAAAUGGAGAAGGAGAACUCUUUGGGCCGCGAUCGCAGCGAGAGUGGCAAGAAGAGACCCCUGACUGUACAUCAGAUUAUAUUGAAGCAUUUGCCCGAUCUAAAUCUACCCGAAUUGGUGCGUUGUUCAACGCCGCCGACAACUGGAACUGGAACGGCGACAGCCACACAAAUGCCACUCCAGGAGAAGACACUGACGGGCACGGGACCCAUUGGAUUGGGUCUGGGCAUGGGCAUGGGUCUUGGUCUCAGUGAUGGUGGUGGCAGUCAAAAGUCAUUUCAAAGCCAAAGUAAUGGCUGUCGUCUAUCCGCCUAUGACAAUGUGGAACGUAACUGUGCGGCGGCAUUCUGCCAGACAUAUUACGGUGGCAUUGAUUCUGCCCAAUCCGAUGAUGGUACCGUCUUCUCUGAGCCCUGGGACUCUACCCAAUGGGAUUCAUUUAUGCCCCAAGAUGAUGCCACCAUCAAUUCGGAUACAAUUCAUUUAUCAAAAUGUCGACCCGCUUUAUCGGAGGAUGAUACCAUUAUUGAGGAAUACAGCAGCACCAAAGAUGGCAGCCAGAGUGGACAAGAUACACUGAAGGCUAAUAAGAAUGGCGGUAGCCAAACGAUUAACAACAACAGCAACAACAACAAUAAUAAUAAUGCCAAGCAAUCAAACAAUCGCCCCAAAGUGGCGACCAUUGUACGCAAUCCGAGCAUGAGGGAUCGUGAAGUUCUAUGUCACCCACGCAACAAAAUGAACAUCCAAAGCUGCGGACCCGGUGACUCUUUGCGAGCAUAUACCCUUCAAUUGGCCCAGGAUCCAAGUUCGACAUUCGCACGGCAAAUUGAGAAUUUCAUUUGCUGCACCAAGGAGUCACGUGAGGCAGCACCCCAGGUGAUAAUGCGGAAUAUGCGUCAAUUUAUGAGCGGCAUGAAGAAUUAUCUGGUUAAACAUGGCGAGGGUAAAUUCCAUUCCGAGCUGGAGACAGCGCGCGCCCGCCUCAAGGCCGAUGAGUUUCUCAAUCUGGACGCCAUGCUGGAGACGGUGAUGCAUCAGUUGGUGGUGUUGCCCCUGCGGGAGCAUCUCUAUGGCAUCUUUGUCGACUAUUACAAGCGCAGCGAGGACAUUCAACUGUUGGCCCAGAAUGUACGCUAUGCAUGCGAACGGGACGCUGCCGAUUUUGGAAUACGGCCAACUGUGACACCGCCCUCCGUAUCGGCAUUGCGUCUGAUAUCGAAUCUACUGUGGCGCCUGCAGGAAGCUGAACUUCCUCUCGAUAAAUUGGAACUAUUCCUUUGCGUCAUCUCGACCGUGUUCGAUGCCACUGGCUGUCCACGUGGCCAGCAACUGGGUGCCGACGAUUUCCUGCCCGUUCUGGUCUAUGUGGUGGCCAAAUGUGGAUUUGUGGGUGCUGAAAUCGAAGCGGAAUUCAUGUGGGGACUGCUCCAGCCGACAUUGCUGAAUGGUGAACCUGGCUACUAUCUAACCGCCCUCUGCAGUGCCGUGCAGGUGCUCAAGACCUUUAUGGCCUCGGAGGGAGAAAGCGGCAGCGGCUCAUUGGACUGGCGUUCAAGCUGUCUGCCCGCUUGCUCCAGUGUCCUGCGCGUCAUUAUACCCGACGAAUGUAAUGGCUCACUACAGACACGAACACUGCCCGUGCGACCACAUACCACCACUCGGGAGGUAUGCCGGAUAAUAGCCCAUAAGGCACGCAUCACCAAUCCCCAGGACUAUGCCCUCUUCAAGCUUGUCGAUGGCGAGGAGACGCUGCUCACCGAUGCCGAAUGCCCGCAGGAUGCCCGACUGGCGGCCAAGGGCAAGCAUUGCAUGCUCGCCUACAAGAGGAUCGAUGCGAAAAUCGCCUGGCCCACAACAGCCACACAAACGGCGACACAGUCAGCCGGCGGCGUUGGCCAUUCCAAUGGCCAUUGACUGCUAAAUCGAUCGAAUUCCCCCGCCCAUCUUGCUCACCCCAUGAAUCAGCCAAUCAAUCAAUCACUCACUCACUCACUCACUCACUAAUUAACCAAUCCUCAAGCAUAUUUGAUUAAUAAUUUAUUAUUAUUACAUUAAAAUAUACUUAGUAGCUUGUAAGUAACGCUAAAAACAAAAAACAAAAACAAAAAUCAAACAUCUAAUGUGUACUAAAACAACAGUAUUUGUGUUAAGAGCCGUCUAAUAUGUUUUUUCUUUUCUUUUCCAUUUUUGAGUUUGAGUUUUCUAUUUUUUUUUUUCUAAAAUUAAAUUACUAUUAAUAUUAUUAUUAUUAUUAUUAUUAUAAUUAUAAUUAUGGCAAAUCCAAAAUAUAUAAACUAUAUACGAAUUAUACAAUAACAUUAAA